GUUACAGUUGAGCAUGCGCCCUUGUGACGCUUGUGCGUGAUACCGCAAGGUUAGUGCAACCCGUGCCAUUUGUGUCACUUUUUUCUAGUACAAAGUACCAGUAGCAUCUGAGCUGUGCACCGCAAUCGACCAAGGUGUACCCUCUCUGCAGCCGCCCGAAAUUCGGGUAGUCGAAAUCGACAGAGCUUAAGAUCGUGAGAGCCGCGUGACUGUUGCUGUUUCCCGGCCAUACCUUUUCCGACAGGUUCUAUCCGAUGUGGAUACCUUCACUAAAGGCUGACAAGCGAAAAGGCUUCAUCUACAACCGGUCCUUGUCGGUGCUCACAUGGUCUAUUUGUCUUCUCACCGUAUCGGAGGUCAUCUCGGCGUAUCUCCGAAUACCAAUAACCUCCACGCUGGCUUUCGGGGGUAUCGGUGGUCUCGCCAUUGGUUUGGCCGGGAAGGAGGCCUUGUUCGUUGCUUGUGUUGGUAUUCACGGCCCCCGGUCGCCUCCUCUCCGCUCGUCUCUUGCUGUUGUCUGUUCGGUGGCGAAAAAGGAUGUUCUCUCCAACUUUUUCGGGGGACUGAUGCUCCUCCUCGCCGAGCCUUUCAUUCCAGGAGAUAUGGUGACGUUCCAGAGAGGCGGAGUAAGAUGCGAAGGGCGUGUAGAGCGUGUGGGCUGGUACCAAACAAGGUUACGUGGGAGGGAUACUCGUCCUACGUACGUGCCUAACGGGAUGUUUUCCGACACAAUGGUGAGCUCCAGGGAGAUUUGA